AUGGAUAAGCAAAGAGUGUGCAAAAUCUGCAGCAAAAGCUUCUCCAAUGGCAAAGCUAUGGGGGGCCACAUGCGAUCCCACUUGAUCAAGCUUCCUCUCCAUCCCAAUCCCAAGCGAAUUCCGAUACCGAUGCCAAUGUCAAUGCCGAUCCCGACCUCGAUUCAUUCUCACUACUCCGAUCGAGAGAGCGAGACCGAUGAUUUGCCUCCGAAGCAACGACGACGACGGUCACUGAAGCGCAAGCGGCACGAUCCGACCAUAGAGUGUGCGGCGGCUUUGAGUCUUGUAAUGAUGUCGAGAGACCAGACAACAGAAAAAUCCCAAAAAUUAUCAGAUAAAGAGAGUAAUUAUACCUGCAAAGACGAGGACGGAGAAGACGUGGAUUCCUUCAUAUGGAAAUUCAAAUGCAAAACGUGCGACAAGUCAUUUAGGUCGUAUCAAGCAUUGGGAGGGCACAAGGCGAGCCACAGCAAGAUUAGAACAGAAGAUUGUGUUCAUCAGAAAGUUUUUCAAUGUCUAUUUUGCCCCAAAGUGUUUGAAUCUGGACAGGCACUUGGAGGGCACAAGAAGGUCCAUUUCUUCAAGAAAAUUUCUCCUAAAAAAUUUGGUAAAAACUCCAUUGAUCUCAACCGUCCACCUCCUGCUUAUGAUUAUGAUGAAGAUGAUGAAGAUGAAGUUUCUGAAAUUGAAUUCUCUGCAAUCUCCAAUCCAUGUUAA